AGAAAGUGGGACACUAGCGUACGAGUGGCCCGCAGAUCGUGGACAGACUACAGACAUGAGUAUACUAAUGAUGUAUCAACGUACGUACGUACAACGGCUGUACUGUCACAGAAUGGAGGAUGUGCCUGAGGAGCGACAAGCAGAAGUGACAAUAGCAAAACCUGAAUCCUUGAUGAAUCUGCGAGAUUAUGAAAUACCUCCUAUGGUGCAAAAUACUGAAUUUACGUGUUCGUUGUACAUCUCACGUGCCAGCAGUAGCCAGAAUGACCAUAACCUUGAGGGUAAAGAGCUGCUGACAACCACUCUUGAGAAAGCAAUACGCGCGGCAAAUCCUUCUGCCGGAUGGAACGUAUCGAAGACUUCAUGUGGUCUGAUUGCUGCUUUUAUGCAAGAAUCUGAUGUUGAAAAAUUUCUGCAGCGUGGGGAUCUUGCUCGAAUGUUUGAAGGUCCUGUACAGGUAGCUCGCUUCUCUGCAAGAGAUUCUCGAUAUCACCAAGCGGUUUUGCUUCGCGAUGUGCCUUGGAUAAUUCCACUUCAAGACUUGAGUUCUGCAUUAUCAAAGCAAGGCAUAGCCACGGGAAGUGUUGAACGUUUGCGCCAAUACAUCAGAGUUGAGGUUCUCAAUGCAGACCAUUAUGAACUGCUUUUACGUCAGGGCCUUGACUUUUUUGGAGCUGCCAGAUUUAGUGCGGUACCGGAACGUUGGUGGCGAGGUGGAGGAGGCAUCGGAGGGGUAACUCCACAAGCGACAGCUGGGGGAAAUGCAGCAGGUUGUAAUAAUGUGGGAUUACAAUCUGCUCACCAAGGAGAUGGUGUUCUGCAGUGCUACAGGUGCCAAGGUUUUUGGCAUGUCGCUGCUAAUUGUAGGCACUUACCAAGAUGUAUUCGCUGCGGUGAACCACACAGUGUGGAAUUUUGUCCGCAUCCUCGAAACAAUCCCAUCUGUUGCCAUUGUGCGGGGCCUCACCAUGCAGGCUAUCGGCAGUGCCCAGUUAGACUCCAACUUUUAAAUGCAACACCCAUCAGUAUUACAUUAAGUACUUCCCAGGCAGGUGGGGGGUUCAAUCUCCAUUCUUUGACCAAAAGUAAUACUCCCCAAGAGCAGCAAUCACAGCCUCAAAUUGCACCAGGUCUAUAAAAUCUGGCUAAUACCUCUCACAAUGAUUAAUGCCAACCCCCUGAUUCAAUAAUUGUGUUCCAUGUAUAAACCUCAUAAAAAUUAGUCUGAUCUUAUGGCGAUGUCCCGUUAGGUAAUGACUCGACGAGUAAUAAGUUAUUAUAAUUUUGUACAUUCAAUUUGAAGCGAAAAUUAAGAGUAAACUAAUUUACUCAGCAAAUCAUAUUUUUGAUCAAUUAUUUUAUUGCAAAAAAAAAAAAAAAAUGUGGAAGAAGCCUCGAACAUUGUGAAUGUGUAAAAGCGACUAUACAAAGGUAUAUGUAUGUAUCCGUGAUACUUUAUUGAAAUAAAUGCGAAUGUAAAUAUCAUAUUCAUAAAUGUAAA